CUACAGUCCAUAUUUUUAAGAAUUUGGGAUUAACAUUUCCAAGAAAGAAUGAAUACAUCUUUGGAUGUGCGAGAGAAUGAGAUCCCAGGCCCCUUUGAUGCUCCUCAAUGGCCACACUUGGCCCCUCGCAGUACUUACAUGUCAGUGGCUGUGUUGAUGGGUACUGUGGUACUUUUGGCCUCCUUUGUUAAUGGCUUAGUUAUUGUGGUGUCUAUUCGAUAUAAGAAGCUCCGCUCUCCACUAAAUUACAUUUUGCUGAACCUGGCCUUAGCAGACAUGCUGGUCACUAUCUUUGGUAGCACAAUCAGCUUCUCCAAUAAUAUCAAUGGAUACUUUGUGUUUGGUAAAGCUGUAUGUGAGUUUGAAGGCUUCAUGGUGUCUCUGACAGGUAUAGUGGGUCUGUGGUCUCUGGCUAUCUUGGCUUUUGAAAGAUAUAUUGUCAUCUGUAAGCCAAUGGGAGAUUUCCGCUUUCAGCAAAGGCAUGCAGUAAUAGGCUGUGCCUUCACUUGGGUUUGGUCACUUAUUUGGACAACACCCCCACUCUUUGGCUGGUGCAGUUAUGUGCCAGAAGGUCUGAGAACAUCCUGUGGUCCCAACUGGUACACCGGGGGUACCAACAAUAACACAUAUAUAAUGGCACUCUUUGUUACCUGUUUCGUGAUGCCACUCAGCAUGAUUCUCUUUUCCUAUGCCAGUCUGUUAGUCACGCUUAGAGCUGUUGCAGCACAGCAGAAAGAAUCUGAAACAACACAGCGUGCUGAAAGAGAGGUGACUAGAAUGGUAAUUGCUAUGGUGAUGGCUUUUCUAAUCUGCUGGCUUCCAUAUGCUUCAUUUGCCGUGGUUGUUGCUACAAACAAAGACAUAGUGCUGUACCCCACUUUGGCAUCUAUGCCUUCCUACUUCUCAAAAACUGCCACGGUGUAUAAUCCUAUCAUAUAUGUGUUCAUGAACAAGCAGUUUCGUAACUGUCUACUGACAAUGAUGUGCUGUGGCCGGAAUCCAUUUGCCACUGAAGAAGAAACAUCUGCCACAACUUCAUCUGGUCGUACAGACGUCACUACGGUUUCAGAUGGAGGUGGAAACAAGGUCACACCAGCAUAAACAAGUCUAUAUUACUAGUGUUAGAUUAUAAUAUGCCUCAUAGCUUUACCUAAUAAAGGAAUUCUUC